UAACAAACUAUCCAACAAAUAAACAUACAUUCGCAUUCAUAAUAUUAUUGUUGCUACAAUGACACAGCAUUAUGUAAAAUAUAUAAAUCUUAUCAAACGGAAUGACGUUGUAAAAAAACAGAUAGAUUACUGUUACUUUCGCAGUCAAUGCUGUUUAGUUGUAUUUUUCUAAUAUAUUUAUUGGAAAAAUUAAAGUAAUUAUUUAGGAAAUGUGGUUUUCCGGUAAGAGGUUUCGAAGGACAAGAUGUGAGAACAUAGACAAGCUAUUAGCCGCAACCAAUGUAAACGAAGAAAUUGUCCGCAUGCUCAAAACCAAAGCACCAGUGGUGUGCUACACAGCGAUCGGUAACAACUCAAUAAAACUGGACCUAGACGUAGAUGGGAAGCAUACCUUGUCGCACGUGUUCAAACUUGGAGAAGAAGAGGAAAUGGAGAAGAAGGACGGAAACAAGGUAAAAAUGACAUAUAGCCUAGAAGGCGAAAAUAUAUUGAAGCAAGUGAUAAAAAUGCACGAUGGAAAAAAGGCGUGCUUUGUACGAGAGUUUAUGGACAAGGAUGUGAAAAUGACCGUUACAAUGGAUGGCACAGAUGUUAGUGCUACGAUAUAUUACGAAAUCGUACAAUAGAUGAUUAAAUAUAAUAUUGUA